AUGGUGCGUGAACAAUUGGAAAAUGAUUUCGGGCCAAAAAAAAUGACCAAGAAAAGCAUUCAGGAGUCGUGUCGCAAAAACAAACUCUACCUAACACCCCAUUUGAACGAUGUGCUGUACCUACACUAUUCCGGAUACAACGCCAUCGAAUGUUUGGACGAGUACGUGGGACUGAAGUGCCUGUGGUUGGAGUGCAACGCCAUAUCGAGCAUUUCCGGGCUGGAGCAUCAGGCCCAAUUGCGCUGUCUCUAUUUGCACAACAACCUGAUCAAGCGCAUUGAGAACCUGGAACACUGCAAGCAGCUGGAUACGCUGAACUUAUCCCACAACCACGUAACGAAGGUUGAAAACUGCGGAGUCGACAUUCUUCCCGUUUUGAACACGCUAAAUCUUUCCCACAACUAUCUGAAGGCACUCGACAGUGUUGAAGAGUUGCGCAAGUGUGACUUUGUUUCCGUGUUGGACAUUUCCCACAACCGAAUCGAAGACAUCGCCGUCGUAAAGAUCCUUGGGGACAUGAAAGGACUGCGAGUGCUAACGUUGACCGGCAAUCCGGUUGUGAAUGAAAUUCCAUCCUAUCGCAAAACCUUAAUCUUGGAGUGUAAAUCGCUCACUUAUCUCGACUCACGGCCCGUGUUCGAAAAAGACCGCGCCUGUGCGGAAGCAUGGAAACGGGGCGGUUACGAGGAGGAACGGAGGGAACAUUUGCGCUGGAAACGGGACGAGCAGCGCAAAAUGCGUCGUAAUAUCAACGCCACCCUUCGCCUCAGACACCGCGGAGACGGAGACCCGGAAUUGCUAAAAACUAGCAGCGAUGAGGACCCGGAGGGCGAGCCAAGCGCCAAGCAUAUCGAUCGAGCAGACGGCUUCAAGGAAGAAGAGUACGCAUCCAAUGAAGCCGCCUGGAAGGAAAUGGAAGAACUGUUUGGCCCAGAACACCCAGAAGGAGCGCAGCAAACCGCCCAACGCGAUAGCGGUGAGCGUCCACUCGCGGCUCAGUCGGCUGUGAACAACGCCGGCGAUAGUAAGCCAACGAUGUUAGUUGAAGAAAUCACUCCCGAGGAAUACACAAAUCUCACCACCAAGAUUGUCCCGGUCGAAAACGAAGCUCUUGCAGAAAACGAACCACACGCGACAAAGGAUACUGCGGACGGUUCGUCAGGCACAGCGUUCUGUGAUGAAACAAACGGCGACUCGGAUGGUAACAAAGACGCAACCAUCGACGUUGAAUCCCGGCCUUCACCCGAAACGGAACCCACACACCCGAUUGCUGAUAACGCGGAUUCACCAAACGAUGGAUUGACCGAAACUGAGCCGAAAAAAAAUCCUCCAUCGAUUGAAACGGAUGAGCCGCAGGCCAUCGAUCGACCGGCUCCGGUGGUUUUGGGCAUCGCCAAAGCCGAAAAAAUCGCAUCCGCAGAAAUGGACGACACGCUGAACGUUACCAUCCAGUCGAAGCAAAUUUCCAUCACCAUGCAACCGGCUGGCGGUGAGGCGAAGCGACUGUCCGACGCUUCGUUGAGUUGCUCAGAACAGUCCGCUCUACGUAAGGAUUCCGUCACUUCGACAGACAAUGUGACCGGCUCGGACUCCAAUUCCGAUCCCACGCUCGUCACCGAUUACGAUCGGUCGGUGCGCAACAGUAGUCUAACGUACACAUCCGGCUCGGAUACAUCGGACAGCGAGGACAUGUUCGAUAAGAUUGUUCCAAAGAAGCACCGCAAAUUGGCCACGACCAUGCGCACCGAACCCUUGCCAAGCACCAACAGCAGCAGCAGUAGCAUUAAUGGUGACGAUGGAAAUGGAGCACUACCAUGCAAGGAAGCCUGCAAUCCCGAUCGUCAGGACACGGUGACGGAACUUAUCGAUGAGUACAAGAGAUUUUUCCACUCGGUCGAUGUCCGUGACCCAAAGUGCAUCGUCAAGAACCGCCACAAACUGAUGCGACCACAGACGGCCAAGUCUCAGCGCACCGAUCCGAUCGUUUACGAUGGCGUACUGAGUUCGAUGGAACACGAAUCGAACGCCAGCAAAAUUGAGCAAGCUCGACAGGAGCAUGCCGAGCGAAGUAUGGCCAAGGAAGCGGUGUUUGAGCGGCUACUGAAGGGUCACUCGUCCGCCGACAGGGACAUCGAAGAGCCCACGAUCUCAAUCGGUGGCAAGGAGCACAACUUCCGCGAAUAUCGCCUGGAGGAGUUCCGCAAGGACCAGGAGAAGCUUCAAACGCUGAUCGAUCGGGUAACGGCGCAGAAGGAGAAGUACAACGCCCACAUCGAUAGCAUCCACGAUCAGCUGGCCAACAUAAUGGAGGACUAUGGGCAGAUAAGCGCAAAGCUGAAGCGGGUGGACGACAUGAUACAGACCAUCGGGGAGGAGGUGAAGGGCGAAGGUAAACCGACCGUCGUCGAACUGGCAGAACGUUCACCGGAAGGAGACGAAAUGAGUAUCGUCGAGCAAAUUGUUGAGCGGAUGACCAAAGAACCGUCGCUCCUGGAGCAUGACUCCGAACCGGUGCAGCAAACACUAUCGGAUACGUCGACCGUAUCGUCCUCGGGACAGGACACGGGAUUCAAUGAGUUCGAACGUGAGCCAAACGCUCCCAGCACCGGCGCGCAUCGCAAAUCGUUACCGGCGGAGUUUAACCGGGAUCCGGUUUAUCGCAAGUUUAUCGACAUUCAGUACGAGAUCGAUAAGCUGACGGAGGAUGAAAUUUUCUGUGCACUCGAAGAGGCCGCCCGUGAGCUGCAGGGCGAACAGGAUCAUCGGGACCGGGAGCUGCACGACGAGGUGGAUGAGUAUUGGAACCGCUACGACGACAUCGAGACGUUUCGUCGAAGUCUCAAUCUGAACGCUCACCCGAUCAUCCAGCGGUUCAAGCACUUCAUCGAGUGUCAGUGUGAAACGGAUACCGACACCGAGCAGGAGCAUCAGCACGUGCGAAAGCUGGAACAGGCGUACCAGAAGUACGAGCGGCGUUUGUCGAACCACUUGUUCGACGAGUAUCUUAUCAUGAGCCGCAAGGUGAGCAUCGCGACCACCACCGGUGGCGAGUCGAGUGCCACGGAUUUGGAGCUGAUCGAAAUUGAUCCCGGAACGGGCAUUUCUGGAUUAUUGGCCGGCGGCAAACGUGCCACAGCAUGGGAUCUGGAUGAGUCGCCAGCGGACGACCAAAGUGAUGCUUCUGAGGUAGAAAAUUACCCAGGCACGAACCAAGAAGCCCCGGAGGAACUUGAAGACGAAGAAUCCAAGCCGGAGGAGAAAAACGGUACCAAACCGGAAGUGGAUUGUGGCACCGGUUUCGAGGAGUGA